AUGUCAUGGGAUUCCUACUUCGACGAAACGCCACCUAAAGAAUACCGUUUUUUGGGCUUUUAUAAAUACCGUCAAGAGAAAGAUGAUUUCACGUUUUCCUUUCAGAAGGAGGCCAACAGGCUCCGGAAGAGUCUAGAUCUCUUGGUAAAGAAUGAGCAGUAUGAAAGACUCCCAGUAGUCCUGAGAAAGGGUAAAACUCACACAACUACGGUGGGCAUCUUACGUGUUACCCACCUUAUGGUCUUACGUGUCC